AGCCUCAGAGCAAGCGAGCGAGCAAACGGGAGCUGGAACCCGGUGCCCAGCUCCUCUCCAUUUCUCUCCGCGCCAGAGCCGGGCGCGCCAGGAACUUGGCCCCUUCUCAUCUCUCUUCCUAUCUGUAUUUUCCUGGUUCCUGUUUCCUCCUUUUGUCAUUGCUGCUUCUACCCUCAUCCCCUAGAGGCCCAGGUCGGCUGGACCCAUAUCCCCUUUGGGGCCAUGGGAUCACUGCUUGGGCUCCUCGCACUGCUGCUGCUGUGGGGUGCUGUGGCUGAGGGCCCAGCCAAGAAGGUGCUGACCCUGGAGGGGGACCUGGUGUUGGGUGGGCUGUUCCCAGUACACCAGAAGGGGGGCCCAGCAGAGGAGUGUGGUCCUGUCAAUGAGCACCGCGGCAUCCAGCGCCUAGAAGCCAUGCUUUUUGCGCUGGACCGCAUCAACCGCGACCCGAGCCUGCUGCCAGGGGUGCGCCUGGGUGCACACAUACUCGACACCUGCUCCAAAGACACACAUGCCCUGGAGCAGGCACUCGACUUCGUGCGUGCCUCGCUCAGCCGCGGCGCUGAUGGCUCCCGCCACAUCUGCCCCGAUGGUUCCUAUGCUGCCCACGGUGAUGCUCCCACUGCCAUCACCGGUGUCAUUGGCGGCUCCUACAGCGACGUCUCCAUCCAGGUGGCCAACCUCCUGCGGUUAUUUCAGAUCCCGCAGAUCAGCUAUGCCUCUACCAGCGCCAAGCUGAGUGACAAGUCCCGCUAUGACUAUUUUGCUCGCACGGUGCCCCCCGACUUCUUCCAAGCCAAGGCCAUGGCUGAGAUACUCCGCUUCUUCAACUGGACCUAUGUGUCCACUGUGGCAUCUGAGGGCGACUAUGGCGAGACUGGCAUUGAAGCCUUUGAGCUAGAAGCUCGUGCCCGCAACAUCUGCGUGGCCACUUCAGAGAAGGUGGGCCGCGCCAUGAGCCGAGCCGCCUUCGAGGGGGUGGUGCGAGCCCUGCUGCAGAAGCCCAGUGCCCGAGUGGCCGUGCUGUUCACACGGUCAGAGGACGCCCGUGAGCUCCUGGCCGCCUCGCAGCGCCUCAAUGCCAGCUUCAUCUGGGUGGCCAGCGAUGGCUGGGGGGCACUGGAGAGCGUGGUGGCGGGCAGCGAGAGGGCUGCCGAAGGAGCCAUCACCAUUGAGCUGGCCUCCUAUCCCAUCAGCGACUUUGCCGCCUACUUCCGGAGCCUGGACCCGUGGAACAACAGCCGGAACCCCUGGUUCCGGGAGUUCUGGGAACAGAGGUUUGGCUGCAGUUUCCGGCAGCGAGACUGUGCGGCUCACUCACUGAGGGCCGUGCCCUUUGAGCAGGAGUCCAAGAUCAUGUUUGUGGUCAAUGCCGUGUACGCGAUGGCCCACGCGCUGCACAACAUGCACCGAGCCCUCUGCCCCAACACCACCCGCCUCUGCGACGCAAUGCGGCCUGUCAAUGGCCGGCGCCUCUACAAGGACUUCGUGCUCAACGUCAAGUUUGAUGCUCCCUUCCGCCCCGCUGACACCCACAGCGAGGUCCGCUUCGACCGCUUUGGUGACGGUAUUGGUCGCUACAACAUCUUCACCUACCUGCGGGCAGGCGGUGGGCGCUAUCGCUACCAGAAGGUGGGCUACUGGGCAGAAGGCCUGACCCUGGACACGAGCCUCAUCCCGUGGGCCUCCCCCGCCGCUGGCCCGCUGCCUGCCUCGCGCUGCAGCGAGCCCUGCCUCCAGAGCGAGGUGAAGAGUGUGCAGCCGGGCGAGGUCUGCUGCUGGCUGUGCAUCCCCUGCCAGCCCUACGAGUACCGGCUGGACGAAUUCACCUGUGCUGACUGUGGCCUGGGCUACUGGCCCAACGCCAGCCUGACGGGCUGCUUUGAGCUGCCCCAGGAGUACAUCCACUGGGGCGAUGCCUGGGCUGUGGGGCCUGUCACCAUCGCCUGCCUGGGUGCCCUCGCCACCCUCUUUGUGCUGGGCGUUUUUUUGAAGCACAACGCCACACCAGUGGUCAAGGCCUCGGGCCGGGAGCUCUGCUAUAUCCUGCUGGGUGGCGUGUUUCUCUGCUACUGCAUGACCUUCGUCUUCAUUGCCAAGCCGUCCACCGUGGUGUGCACCCUACGGCGCCUUGGUUUGGGCACCGCCUUCUCCGUCUGCUACUCAGCCCUGCUCACCAAGACCAAUCGCAUCGCGCGCAUCUUUGGUGGGGCCCGGGAGGGAGCCCAGAGGCCCAGGUUCAUCAGCCCCGCCUCGCAGGUGGCCAUCUGCCUGGCGCUUAUCUCGGGUCAGCUGCUCAUCGUGACCACCUGGCUGGUGGUGGAGGCGCCAGGCACAGGCAAGGAGACAGCCCCUGAGCGGCGGGAGGUGGUGACGCUGCGCUGCAAUCACCGAGACGCCAGCAUGCUGGGCUCCCUGGCCUACAACGUGCUCCUCAUCGCCCUGUGCACGCUGUACGCCUUCAAGACGCGCAAGUGCCCGGAGAACUUCAACGAGGCCAAGUUCAUCGGUUUCACCAUGUACACCACCUGCAUCAUUUGGCUGGCCUUCCUGCCCAUCUUCUACGUCACCUCCAGCGACUACCGGGUGCAGACGACCACCAUGUGCGUGUCGGUCAGCCUCAGUGGCUCUGUGGUGCUCGGCUGUCUCUUUGCUCCCAAGCUGCACAUCAUCCUCUUCCAACCACAGAAGAACGUGGUCACCCACCGUGCACCCACCAGCCGCUUCGGCAGUGCUGGCACCCGGGCCAGCUCUACCGGCCAAGGCUCUGGUUCCCAGUUUGUCCCCACGGUGUGCAACGGCCGCGAAGUGGUGGACUCAACAACAUCGUCACUUUGAGGACCCCACAGUCCUGCUCGACACAGCUGCUCCCGGACCCAGUGCGGAACCGCAUCAGGGCCAGGAGGGAGCUGGCUGGAUCACUGCAAUAACGCCCACCCCGGGCUCCCUCCCCCUGCUACCCUCCCCCUGCUCUAACCCUUCAGAGUCAGAAGUCAGGGUCUGUGGCCAAGGGACCUCUGCAAUGGCCACAAGCCAGGGUCCACUCUGUCCUGGAACAGGGUGGUUGAGGACUGCAGGCCCCAGCCCCCAGUCAGAAAGGUGCUUCCAGCCCUGCCCCUCCUUCCUUUUAGGGCCUUUUUAAUUUUUUUAUAUGUUACUCUGGGAUGGGGAGGGGGUGAUUGUGGGGCCAUCCCUCCCCUGCACACUAGUCUGUCCUGUGGUUUCUUUUGUAUUAUCUGUAA